UGUUUGGCAAAACCUUGCCCAUUUGAAAGUAUUUAUUAGAAGUUUAAUGGAGUUAGUUUUUUUCUUCUAUUUGUGCUCUGGAGAAGGAGUUCCAUACGGGGAUAAAAUUGCCAACAGUGAUGCAAUUUAAAAUGUUUGCUGAUGAUCAACAAGACCAAUUAAGAGCAGUGAGAGUAUGACUAUGCCCUAAAUAGCUUCAAAGAAGAUGCACAACACUUAGAGGAAGCCGAGCUUUGGGUAUUUCCAGGUUUUGACAUAUGCAUGGGCAAGUUAAUUCCCCAGCUGAUUCUCAAGUUAAGCUGGGCACAAAUUGCACUCCAAUAUCAGUCUAUGGAAUGGUUCAUCUGAAAGAAGCAAAUCUUGGUUGUUGUCUUUGUAGCCUCUGCUCUCAGGGUCAUGUAUGGCAGUUUGAAUUCACCACAGCAGCUAACCAAGUGGAGCUCAACUGGUGGUGAUCCCUGUGGAGAGUCCUGGAAAGGCAUUUCCUGCUCAGGAUCAAGAGUCACAGAAAUCAAAUUAUCAGCCCUUGGGCUUUCUGGGUCACUGGGGUACCAGCUCACAAGUUUGACAUCAGUAACCAACUUUGAUAUAAGCAAUAAUAAUUUUGGCAAUCAGAUAACUUAUCAGCUUCCUCCGAACUUGCAGCGACUAAAUCUUGCGGGAAAUAGCUUCAAUGGUGGCAUCCCCUAUUCCAUAUCACUGAUGGCUCCUCUUAAAUACCUAAAUGUUAGUCACAAUCAACUUCAAGGCCAACUGAAUGACAUGUUUGGACAGCUUCCCGCACUCUCCACAUUGGAUUUCUCUUUUAAUGCCAUGACGGGUAACCUUCCUGAAAGUUUCAGCUUGCUUUCAAGUAUGACCAAUAUGUACUUGCAAAACAAUCAGUUUACAGGGACUAUUGACGUCCUUGCCAAUCUUCCCCUUGAUAAUCUGAAUGUCGAGAAUAACCAUUUUAGUGGUUGGAUACCUGAUCAGUUGAAAAACAUAAACUUUCAGAAGGAUGGUAACUCAUGGGACUCGGGGCCUGCACCCCCGCCUCCACCGGGCACGCCUCCAGCCAGCAGGCCCAACCGAAAUCACAAUUCUGGUGGCAAUAACCGCCCAUCUGAUGGUGGAGGUGGUAGCAAGAAAUCAGGUGUUGGGGCUGGUGGUGUAGCAGGAAUUGUGAUAUCCCUUUUAGUGGUUGGAGCAAUUGCAGCAUUCUUUAUUAUGAGGAGAAGAUCCAGAAGGUCAUCGGCAGAUAUAGAAAAGCAAGAUAAUCAGCCUUUCACUCCUCUUGCUUCGCAUGAUAUGCAAGAAAUGAAAUCUAUACAGACUUCCUCCACGGCUGACAUAAAAACAUUUGAAACAUCGGUGUCUAUAAAUCUUAGACCGCCACCAAUUGAUCGUCACAAAUCAUUUGAUGAAGAGGAUUUCUCGGCGAAACCCAUUGUUCCCAAGAAAGUCAGCACAGCUCCUAUAAAUGUGAGAUCGUAUUCUAUAGCAGACCUGCAGAUGGCUACAGAUAGCUUUAGUGUUGAAAAUCUUAUUGGCGAGGGGUCCAUUGGACGUGUUUAUCGGGCUCAAUUUGAUGAUGGAAAGGUUCUUGCUGUGAAGAAGAUAAAUUCAUCUGCUCUUCCACAUCCUGAAGACUUUAUGGAUAUAGUUUCAGAGAUAUCCCAAUUGCACCAUCCAAAUGUAACAGAGCUGGUGGGCUAUUGUUCAGAGCAUGGACAGUACCUGCAGGUCUAUGAGUUCCACAAAAAUGGUUCACUGCAUGACUUCCUGCAUCUCUCAGACGAAUACAACAAACCACUAACCUGGAAUACCCGCGUGAAGAUUGCCUUGGGCACUGCACGUGGGUUAGAGUAA